CGCCGCAGCUCCCCUCGACCCGGAAGUUCCCGCCUUCCUCUUCCGGUACGUCAGCCUCCCUAGCAACGGCGGACACUUCCGCAUGGCAACCAUGGAGGACGCUGCCGUUUUAAAAAUAUCUUUCACGUUCCCAAACAAAGACAAGUAUGAAGGGGAAUGCAAAAAGACACCCGAGGGUUUGUUACAGAGGAAUGGGCUUGGAGUUCAUACCAGUGCCAACGGAAUGAUGUACAUCGGUAGCUGGUUAAAUGACAAGAUGAAUGGGACUGGAAGGCUAGAACAUCCUUCUGGGGCUGUUUAUGAAGGCGAGUUCAAAGAUAACAUGUAUCACGGGGCAGGAACCUACACAUUCCCAAAUGGAGCAAAGUACAUCGGACCAUUCAAUGAAAACAAGAUGGAAGGUGAAGGAGACUUCGUAGAUGAAAACGGAGUGGUGUGGACUGGCACAUUCAGUGGCUCAACAGCAGCAGGACUGAAGCAGAAGCUGAAAAUGUAGCUAUUUGGCACUGACAAUGCUAUAAGUCAAAAGCAGCCCCAUUUGAUUUCAUUCUAGGUUCAGCAGCUGUCACUGAUUUCUUCAUAUAUUUAUUAAAAAUAAUGCCUUAGGUAAUUGGUAAAUAAAAUAAAGUUAUUUGUCUUGUUAAUUUAGAAGUAGAGCAGCUAAUGACUGGAACUCUUUUUUUAUUUUAAUGUGACCUAGGAAUUUCUUUCUUGUUGGGUUUCAAAAAAAACAUGUAUUAGCAAAUUAAUCCUAAUUUAUGCUCAAUUUCUCUAUUUCUUCCCCGGAAAACAAACCUGCCAACCCACAGAUGCCUUUGGAAACACAGUGCUCAUGUUUUCACUAAAUUAGGCGCUGCACAGUGGGGUCAGGACAGAGAGGAAGUGCAGCUGUAGCACGGUGGUCAUUCAUUGCAGGUCAAUCCUACAAGACUCAGGCUCCAGCAGUACACUGCUCAAAAAUAUGUGCCAAAGCUACUUUUCUCUGGGGGGAAAGUGGACAAGUGAGCAAACAGGGGAAGCUGAUUGCUGCCACUAUUCCUAGCAGAAGGUCUAAUGCAAUAAAAGAAAUAUACUUCUA